CAGCCGGGCGAGCGCGCCGGCCCCGUCCGGCCAUGCAGACCCUGGAGGUAGGUCUGGUUCCCGCUCCAGCGAGGGAGCCGAGACUGACCCGCUGGCUGCGGAGAGGCAGUGUUAUCUUGGCGCACCUGGUAGCUUUGGGCUUCACCAUCUUUCUGACUUUGCUGUCCCGGCCGGGAACCAGUCUUUUCUCCUGGCACCCUGUAUUCAUGGCCUUGGCGUUCUGCGUGUGCAUGGCAGAGGCCAUCCUGCUCUUCUCGCCUGAGCACUCCCUGUUCUUCUUCUGCUCCCGAAAGGCCCGGAUCGGACUCCACUGGGUGGGGCAGACCCUAGCCAUCCUCUGUGCCGCCCUGGGCCUGGGCUUCAUCAUCGCCAGCAAGACCCGCAGCGAGCUGCCCCACCUGGUGUCCUGGCACAGCUGGGUGGGGGUGCUGACGCUGCUGGCCACGGGGGGCCAGGCACUGUAUGGGCUGUGCCUCCUCUUUCCCCGGGCAGCCAGGGUCUCCAGGGUGGCCCGCCUCAAGCUCUACCACCUGACUUGUGGGCUGGUGGUCUACCUGAUGGCCACGGUCACGGUGCUCCUGGGCAUGUCCUCGGUGUGGUUCCAGGCCCAGAUCGAAGGUGCAGCCUGGUGCCUGUGCCUGGCGCUGCCCCUCUACCCGGCUCUGGUGAUCAUGCACCAGAUCUCCAGCUCCUACCUGCCAAGGAAGAAAACGGAAAUGUGAGUCCCUCCGAACUCUGAAUCUAGUUGGUACACUUGCCUUGGACAUCAGUGGUUCCUUUGGUGACUUUCAAGGGCUCCACUUCCGAAGCGGUAGGGUUUUUACGCUUGGCUGGGCCGCGGGGGUGCGGAAACCCACGGCCGACAGCCGACUCCGUGGACCGAAAUGGGGAAAUUGACUGAGUGCGGUGGGGAGCUUGGCCCCGAAGCCUCCACUCUGGAUGGGGACAGCAGGGUAGGGUGCCGCUGGUGCUGGUGGUGCGGUCGUUUCUUGUUGCUUGCCUGAUGGAGAGUGGGUUCCUGUCCCUCGUGAACGGCAGCUGCGGCUUUUGGGUCACUUUUGAGAAAGCAGUGUGGUGUAGCAGACAGCGCCCCUGCAUCUUGAUUGUGGGUUUUGGUCCUUGUAAGUGCUAUUCUGUGACCUUAGGCAGGUCACAUGCCUUAGGACCUCAGUUCCUUCAUCUGUGUAGUGAGCGUUUCCCAAUGAGCUCUAACGUUCAGUGUGUCAGGUUGGCCUCACAGGACACCCUUCCAGCUCCGGACUGUGGGCUGGGCCGCUCCGAAGACUCGGGAAGUAAUUCUUACAUUCACUAGCCCCUUACCCCUCCGGCCUGUCAGAAACCUGUGUUGAUUUGGCCCCGGACCAGGGCACAAGGAGCCAGGCACUGUGGACACUAAGGGAAGGGGCCCGGGUGAGGGUCCCUGAGCUGAGACAGUGAAGGCACUGAAAUCACUUUAAAGCUUUGGGCGAGCAGAAGGGCACCGGCUACCCAAGGCUCGGCUCCUGGCCGGGCUGCUGGGCCCAGCCAGGGUCUUCCCCGACCCGGCUCCAUUUCCCCGACAUCCCCCCUCGGUGGCAGAGUUGUCCAGGGCAAGUGCGCAUUUUGCCUUCCUGGGCUCAGGUGCUUAGCACACAGCUUCGUGGAGCCGUCCCGGAGCUCCUAGAACAAAACAAGAGCCCAGGAAGCGAGCAGGGCUCUUCUGAUCCAGGGAAGAUCCCCCUUCCUUGUCGCCUAAGCUUUCCUCUCUGUUGUCUCUGGCCUUGCUCUGGCACAGCAGGGGGCUGAGUUAGGUGCCAGCUGGGAAACGUGGGCUGGGCCCUCUUCCCUGCAGAGACCCCCCGCGCCCCAACCUUGUUCCACACUGAAAGCAGUUUCCCAGACGGCCCUCAGCGGCGAGGCCCAGCUGCCAGGAGGGCUCACUGAUCCAGCUCAGUUGGAGGGAUGGGACCUCCGUUGAUCAUGGCAAGGACGGAAGGUGGCCGAACCAGGAGAGCUGGUGAGGAGGGAGCACCAGGGGCUGGAGUGCCAGGUCCCAGGACCAGCAGGGGGAGUGCCUAGGUGGCGGCGUUUUGGAUGUCCCGGGUCCUUGGAAGAUUCAAGACCUCUUCUCUGGGUGGCUCCGAUGCAAGGAGUUGGUAUGAUUCCACAGUACAGGCCGGGGACUGCAGAUGCAGAGGCGUCCCCUGCAUGGACUCACUGGGCUCCCCUUGGGUCAGAUGGCAUCUCCCAGGAGCUCUUUAGACCCUAAGCAUGGGAAGGGGCCCUGCUGUGCAGAUGGCGAUUGGCUCUUUAAUUGUCCUCUCUCCCCUCUUACUGACCAGUGUGGUCUGAACUUGGGGGAGAGGGUUACUGGGGCUGCCUGGAGCAGAGUCUCACCUGGGAGCCCUCUGAUCAGGGAUCCCAUCUUCUCUCCGCCAGGCACAGCCAGUGCGGGGAGCCUUACCCUGUCUGCAGCCGGGAGAGCAGGCCGGGUAAGGCCCCCGCUGGCUCCGGGCGCCGCGCCUGCCUGAGGUAUUGCCUCCUCCCAGGUGGUUCGAGGCUGGUGGGCGGCGGGCAGGCGGGCUGACAGCCAGCAGUUUGCGUGGGCUGUGCCAGCUGAUGUCUAUUCCCAGCCCUGGGAGAAAGGGGGGGGGGUCAUUUACAUUCUGCAGGAGGAAGGGGCCCAGCUGUCCCCUCUCUGACCAGGGCGCCAGGAGGGCCGGGGCCGGGGCAGAGGGCAGAGGGGGCCACAGGCGUUCUCUUUAGCCAGCCUGACUGCAGUGUGGGGAGCAGGCCGACAGGAGGAGCCCGUCUUCCUUGCAGGCCAGACUAGGGGGGACUGCCCUCCCCUCCCCUCUGCACUUCUCCCUCCUGCACCACCUGCCCUCACGUCCUGGGGCAGCAGCUGGCCAGCCGUCAGCCCUGGUGCCAGGCCCCAUCCUCCAGCUGGGAUCGCAGGGGCUGCCGGCUGCGUGUGCCCCUCCCCACGUGCUACCCACCCCGUACUUCCCCAUCUGGGGUGUUAGUUGGGCGCCUCAGGGGUGAGGCAGGGGCCUGGGAAAGAAGCAAAUGGCUGCCCUUUUGCCCUUGUCCCCUAAGGAAAGCUGCUGGUAGUCAGCCUGUUUUGCCUUUUUUAAAAAAAGCCAGGGUGCUCCAAUUAAAAAAAAAAAAAUGCAUGUCAUUUGCACAAAUUUGCAUAUCAGGCUCACUAAGUCCUGGUUCCAAAUAUGAUUAUAUUCACACUCAACGUUGAGGACAUUAGAAAUAGCGAAGGUUUCUGUAUCCAGAUCCAGAUGGUAAUAGGAUUACCCUUCUGGGUUCAGAUGCACCCCC